UUUCAAUUCAGGUGAUUUCUGCUCCAUUAAUUUUCUUCAUCUCUUUAAUCUUCACUUCGUUUCCAGUUUCCAAUGUUGCAGAAAAAGAAGCGCAAGUACACCGGUUUUUCCCACUACAGAAUUUCUUCGCUCUGUCCCAAAAUGCCCCCGCGAUUUCUCAAAACCCCGACUCUGUCCACCGCCAAAACCAUCCUCCUCCUCCUCUCCGCCGCCUUCAUCAUCUACGUCCUCUUCUUCCGCGUCUCGCCCAACGCGCCGUCGCUGUUAUGCUCUCAUUCCACUCUCUCUCCCACCACGCGCCGCCAUGUUCUCUUCGCGAUUGCUUCCUCUUCUGCGUCCUGGUCCCGCCGCAAGCCGUAUGUUCGCCUCUGGUACCGUCCGAAUUCGACGCGUGCUUUCGCCUUCGUUGAUCGCAUUGCGCCUGAUUUCGCCUCUGCUGAUCCAUCCGUUCCGCCGGUGAUUGUUUCCAAUGACACCUCCAGGUUCCCCUACACUUUCCGUGGAGGUCUCCGAUCGGCGAUCAGAGUGGCGCGGGUGGUGAAGGAAGUUGUCGAACGCGAUGAACCAGACGUGCGGUGGUACGUGUUUGGUGACGAUGACACAUUGUUCUUCGUGAACAAUCUGGUCAAAACAUUGGGGAAAUACGACCAUGAGCGGUGGUUUUAUAUUGGGAGCAAUUCGGAGAACUAUGGACAGAACUUGAACAACUCGUUCGAAAUGGCAUUUGGCGGCGGAGGGUUUGCGAUCAGCCAUUCGCUAGCUAGGGUUUUGGCUGGGGUUUUGGACUCAUGCUUGACUAGAUACGGGCACUUGUACGGCAGUGAUGCUAGAAUAUGGUCGUGCUUGGCGGAGCUUGGAGUUGGAUUAACUCAUGAACCUGGAUUUCAUCAGGUCGAUAUGCGGGGAAAUCUGUUUGGAUUUCUAUCUGCACAUGCAUUGUCACCGAUAGUUUCCCUUCAUCACUUGGAUGCCACGGAUCCGAUAUUCCCAACCAUGAAUAACACUAGGGCCCUGAACCAUCUUUUUGAAGCAGUGAAUGUGGAUCCUGGCAGGAUUUUCCAACAAAUUGUGUGCUAUGACCGUUCACAUUCAUUGACUAUGUCAGUAUCGUGGGGUUUUGCUAUUCAGGUCUUUGAAGGCAAUCGGCUUCUCCCCGAUCUACUUUCACUGCCAAGAACUUUUAUGUCAUGGAGAAGGGCUGCCACCAUUGAUGCGAAUCGGUAUCUGUUUAACACGAGAGACUACCCUAAAGACCCGUGUAAACGAAAUAUCUUCUAUAUGCAGAAUUUGAGAUCUAGUAAAAAUAACGUCUUGACUAACUAUACUAGGAAGAUGGUCACUGGUUGUCGAGCCUCUGAUGCAAUUAAGAAUUUGAGACAGAUUCGAGUGUUCUCCCAGAAGUUGGAACUUGAUGUGGAAGAGAUGAAGGCCCCACGCCGUCAAUGCUGUGAUGUCAUUUCCUAUUCCAAGGAAUCGAUGCUUCUUGAAAUUAGACAAUGUGGAGUUGAUGAAUUAAUAUCUAUGUACUUCUAGCAAUUUUUGUUGGUUUGUUUGGGAAGGAAAAAGAGUUAUAUAAAAGUUAAAGUUAACUAAUGGUUCCUUGAGCAGUUUAAAGCUAUUUGGACUUUGCCGUUCAGUGUCUUCAGAAUUUAAGGCGAGGGAGAAAGUUGGCGUUAGGGGCCUGCAUCCUAGUCUAAUUGGAGAUGUACUCGAAAGGAUAACAGUUUCGAGUUUCUGGUUCCUUGAUCAGGUUGAUUUUCUGAGGUACGAAGCUAGCUGCACUUUCUGUUCAAAUUGAGAAGCUGGCCUUCACUGGUUGGCUGGUUUGAAUGAAUAGUUAGUGAAAGGCAGGAGCAGGAUGAAGUUGUUUUCUGGUUAACCAUGUAAUUAUUCCUCCUGUAUAACUUUUCUUCUAACACUAAUAAGAAUGUAUCAUGCGCAAUUUUGAAGGCUAAAAACGCAUCAAGAUCACUUGUGCUGGAAGAAAUUCUAAUCUUUUUCCAAUAAAAUGCCGCAGGCUCACAUCUUUUUGAAG